AUGACGAUAAAGCACAAUUCUACAACGUUUGUGGAUUUGGACUCAUAUAAACUCGAGGUGACGGUUCACGGCCCGCCCCGACGCGCCCACAACCCGAUCGUGGUCACCAUUCCCGACAUCGGCAGCAGCAUCAAAGAAUGGACAGCCGUCACCAAAAUGCUAGCAGAUUCCAUGGCUGUGGUCAGCUACGAGCGCGCUGGACACGGGCGGAGUGAGAAUGUCUCGUCAGAGGAGUCCAGAACACCUGCGGCUUUAGCUAUGGAAUUGCACAUGCUAUUACGAGCUGCAAAGAUUGCACCACCUUAUAUCAUGGUCUGCCACGCCCGCGGUGCCAGCAUACUGAGGGAAUUCACAAAGUUGAGAAAUCUGGCACAAUUCAAGGGCUUUGUAUAA